AUGGAAUAUCAUUUCAUUAAGCCAGUAACGACCUAUAUUUCAGAUAGUAGCACAAAGAAGCGAGUGCCAAAUGCGUUCAUGAAAUACCGUGCAGAAAUGAUGAAUCAUAGACCAGAUAAUAUAACGAUGCAGGAAUACAGCAAACAAGUAGCUGAAUUGUGGAAUAAUAUGCCAGAAGAAGAAAAAGAUAAACGGAAAAGAGAUUAUCAGAUUAGUCGAGAUCAAACAUUUCCACACGCAAUGAACGAAAACGUUGACAAAAAUGCCGUUGCUGUUCAAAUGGGAGAAAGUUCGAGCUCUUAUCCUUCGAUGACAGUUGAUCAAUUCAAUCAGUAUCAAACAUACGCAAUGAACGAAAACGUUGACAAAAAUGCCGUUGCUGUUCAAAUGGGAGAAAGUUCGAGCUCUUAUCCUUCGAUGACAGUUGAUCAAUUCAGUCAGUAUCAAACAUACGCAAUGAACGAAUACUUGAACGCAUAUGCCAUUGCUGAACAAAUGAGAGAAAUUCCUUCGUUUUAUCAAAUAUUACCAAACACAGAGGACGAACUUACCUUUGAUGAUCAAACUGACGAAGCUUCGCACUCUUAUCCUAAAUGGCAAAGAAAUCUAUUACAAGAAGCAGUCAUUACCAAUCAAUCCGAAGAAGGUUCGAGUAAGAUCCAUCCCAGUUCUAUAUACUAUAAGUACUACACUUUGUAA